CCAAGUGGAUUUCAUACUACAGCGAGUUAAAUAUGUAGAAAAAAAUAUUUCAGAAUUAUGCCAUGAAUUUGCUUCUUAUUCAAGAAAAAUGGGACAGUUAAGAGAUUGUGGAGAUUCACUUGCAAAUAAGGUAUUAAAUUAUGCCGUAGGAGAAAAUCUUCACCAUUCUUUACGCUCAGGACUUACAAAAUUUGCAGAAAGAUUAGCAGCUGUUCAGGAUUACAGACAAGCAGAGAUACAAAGAUUAGAAGCUAAAGUGAUACUUCAUCUUGCAGAAUAUGGCGAAAUUUGUAAACAAGCAAAGGCAGAAGUUGCAUUGCUUAAAGCAUCUAAUCAGGCUACCAAGUCAUAUAAGGAUUUAGAAACGAGAAUGGAUGCAUUUGAACAGAAAAAAUUACAUGAUUUGAAAAGAAUUUUUACACAGUUUGUUAAUAUAGAAUUAUUAUUCCAUGCCAAAGCACUAGAAAUAUAUACCAAAGCUUACAAUGAUGUUAAUUCAAUUAACGCUGAAGCAGAUCUCGAGAUCGCUAUUUUUAAACAGUCUGGAUUAUAUAUAAUGGAUUGACUCGGAUGUGUCUGACCAUGUCCCUCAUCACUCAGCAUCAUUAUGGGCAUGACCAACCCACAAUGAGCAGUGGCGCGUUAUUCUGUGCGCAAAAAGGACAAUUGCCUGAGAUCCCCACUAACGGGGUCCCAAACCGAUCUUUUAUAAGAAAAUAUUUCUUCCGAAGUCGACACUGUACAUGAGGACCCCUAAUUCAAAUUCGCCUGAGCCCCACGAAGCUAUAACGCACCACUGACAAUGAGUAUGCAUAAAAGCCGUCCUGUGCUCACCGGGCAAAUGAGUUUAAAAAAUUGGAAAAUAAAGAUCUAGUGCAGAUGUUUCUAAACGUUUUUGACUGCAGACCCCUUUUUGUUAAUAUAUAAAUAAAUCUGAUACGCCAGAAUUAUGUCAUCUUGAACUGUCAUUUAUAUAACCCAUUGGAGUAAUCAGUUUUAAUGAACCUCUUUGUGCAUGCACCUUUUGCUCUCGUGAAAUC